AGCUCUUUCCCGAGACGAAAAGAAAAAUUGGUAUUGGUAAAAGUCUUCAUCUGAGUCACCUCGCGAUUGAUGACAUCAAGACAUGCAUCACGUUCUUUGAUUGUUUGUUUCCCCCCACCUCCCCCAAAUGAUAAAGAUAAAAUCACAGGUAUGCAUGCUAAGACUUACUCAGCAUCAUCUUCAUCAUCUUCUUCGCCGGAACUCAACUGAUUCAUCGAGAUGAAAGAAGUGAACCCGGCCGCUGGAAUAUGAUCUGUCCGAAAUGGAAACGCUUGAAAUGACCAAUAGUAUAGCUUCGCUUACCAAAAAGUGCAAUGAUGCUCGUAAAGGGAAUGAUGAGAUGAGUCUGAUGAUGCAGAUCCGGAGAAGUUGUAGAAGGAGAAACAGAAAGAUGAUGUUGGCGACAUAUUUAUAGCUCUUGAUGUGUGUAUAGAUUGAUAAGUUUGGUUUCAGGAAUUCCAAAUCAGGUAAAAGUAAAGAGGACGAGUUGUACCACCUUGGGUGAAGUCACCUCGUCUUGUCUCGGAAACAAGUGCAGCCGUAAUGGACGAAGACUUAUAAUGAUACGGCAUACAUACCCGAGAAAAGGAGCGCCGAUGGAUCAUGGACAUAGAGUACGUUCUUUUUCUUCACAAUCGAGCUAUACCUAUACACAAUCACAAUAAAAAAGUGGAUGUGCAUAUAAAUUUGAAAUCCUCUUGCCGCAUAUCGAUAUCCUCGAAUGCUUUUCUCGACAAGCACAGUGUUGUCGUUGUGUUGCUGACGAAGAUUGUACUUCUCAAGGUAGUUUUUGGUAAUCAUCGCCAUCCAGUGCUGGAUCUCCCACGAGGACCCUUCGUGUUCAUCUGAAACAAAGUUACCGUGUCUGCAGCCGGACUCAAGCAACAGACGAACGGUCGCGAGGAACUUCACCUCCUAAGCGGACGGAAUCAACGCGACGAAAAUUGUAUAGAUACUCUCGAGGAAUAAAGCUUUUAGAUAGAUACUUUUUUAGAGGAAAAAUUAUAUGCGUAAGUCCUUCGAGGAGUGGACGGCUUCUUAUUUUCGGUGUUUCAUCGUUUUCGUGAAAAAGAAAAUCAAAUCUAGGUAUAGAGUUUGGCCUUCGGGUAUCUACCGGACCAUCAUACAUCGUGGGGGAGCGUGAGAUGGGACGUGCUCCACUACGACCAAGACCAAGAUCCGACGAGACCUCUAGAACGGAUUCUAUCGCCCAUGCCACAAAGACUUGAUAUGACCGCCAAAUGACCUCCUCCCUUCGGAUUCGGCAGCCGCGUUCAUGAUUUUUUUUCUCAUGUUCGUCCUCCUACCCCUAUCUGAUGCGUCGCACGAAAGAAGAGGCGGAUCGAUCCGAGGUUUUUGCAGGCAGCUCGACACCACCGUUGUAUUGCUAUUGACUUUAUUAGCUACUCCUACUGCUAGUAGCUCUUUCCCGAGACGAAAAGAGAAAUUGGUAUUGGUAAAAGUCUGCAUCUCAGUCACCUCGCGACUGAUGACAUCAAGAUAAGAUAUGCGUCACAUCCUUUGGCUGUUCGUCUCUCCCCACCCCCAAACGAUGAAAAAAGUACAGGUAUGCGUCGUGGUGCCAAGAGCUACUUGUACUUACUCCACCGUCCCGGGAGCGACUUCGUAUUGUUUAUUUCUAUGGAUAGAAGAUACUCGGCGUCGAAGAUCCGGCACUCAACCACCCCUUGUUGAUCGUCCACGAGCCCGCUUCCGCUAGGAGCCACGUUUCUGCUGCUCCAUGCGAGCGCAGAGCGAUCUGCGCAGCGGAUGAGAUCCGACAUCAAAGCUGCAGAUCUUAUCUUCUCGAGAAUUUCAUUCAAUUUUUUCAAUAAGUGAAUAGGAAAAUGGCCAACGAGUCGAAAUUUCUUGCUCCCGUUUCUUUCUUUUUUUUGUGUUUCUAGGUAAUUUUUUGAAUGGAUGUAAAUCACGCUUUGACGGAAAAGCAUUGGCUUUUCUUACCAAACAAAUCAUUCGUGAUUUUUGCUGCUAAAACUAAAUGGAAGAAAAAAGGAAUCGAUAGAAGUGGUGGCUUGCCUGAUAUUACGCAGUUGUCCUCGUGAU